CACACAGUCAUCAGCACCCCACCCCCAGACACUCACCAACAGACUAGAAACAGAGGAUAAAUUCCCCUGCUAUCCCUCAGUCACUUUUAAUCUGGACGCGGGAAAGAAAGUGAUAAAUGUGAAGGAAAUGCACCUUGAAUGAGUGAGUUCAUCAGCUGAUUCAACCUUUCUGGAUUGCUCUGACUUGUUCAGGAACAACUGUAUGACAUCUAGGAAAAGAGAUGGUGGGCCUGGCUGUCUCCUCAGCAGCUGUUUCUGCGAUGGAGCUCUUGGUGACGGAGUUGAAUGUGCUGUUGAAGCUGUUGGACCAUGAGACCCUGAGCUGUGCUACAGAAGAGAAGAAAACCGCUGUGAAGAACCUUCUCAGACAACUUCAGCCCUCAGUCACUGGAAAAGACUAUAUGUACAUGAACAGCUCAGUAUACAGAAAUGGAACCAGCUUUGUCGAAUCCCUUUUUGAUACAUUCGAUUGUGACCUAGGGGACCUGAAGGUUGAAAUGGAGGAUCAGAAGAACGAGCCAGAGACAAAACACACUGACCACAUUGUCCCCAAACCAAGCACAGCGGACUCACCUCCCCCACUGCCCAACACACCACCUCCAGAGGAUUACUAUGAAGAAGCCGUUCCACUCAGCCCUGGAAAGAUGCCAGAAUAUAUCACUAGCCGCAGAAGCUCCAGUCCUCCCAAUUCCAUUGAAGAUGGAUAUUAUGAAGAUGCUGAGAACAAUUACCCAACAACUCAAGUGAACGGACAACGCAAAAACUCCUAUAAUGACUCGGAUGCCUUAAGCAGUUCUUAUGAGUCAUAUGAUGAGGAAGAGGAAGAGAAAGGCCAGCGUUUGACACACCAGUGGCCCUCAGAGGAGAACUCCAUGGCCCCGGUGAGAGACUGCCAUAUCUGUGCAUUCCUGCUGAGGAAAAAACGCUUCGGCCAGUGGGCCAAACAGCUCACUGUCAUCCGCGAGAACAGACUCCAGUGCUAUAAAAGCUCAAAAGACCAGUCGCCCUACACUGACAUACCACUCAGUUUGUGUAAUGUCAUCUACGUGCCCAAAGAUGGCCGGAGGAAGAAGCAUGAGCUCCGAUUCUCUCUUCCCGGUGGAGAGGCACUGGUGUUAGCCGUGCAGAGCAAGGAGCAGGCCGAGAAAUGGCUCCAAGUGGUGCGUGACGUUACAGGUCAGGGGAAUGGGUUGGACAGCCCAUCUUCUCCCAUGAUUCCAAAGAAGAUUGAACUGGACAAGUGGUGUUCUUCAGAGAAGCAAACCUCAGAUUCUGACAGUAUGCCAAGUGGAGAAAGUGCUCGCGAUGGACGGGAAAAUGGCAAACCCAAGCGAGGUGCACUGUCAGAGCUAACGGGCAACGUAAGCCGAGCUGCAGGAAGAAAGAUCACAAGAAUGAUCAGUUUCUCCAAAAGAAAACCUCCACUGCCAGGAGACAACUGCACGUCACCCGACCAGGAUCCCCGGUGUGGUUAUGUAGGAGUGCUGUUGAAUCAGUGCUGGAAGGAACACUGGUGUCGGGUGCAGGCUGGAUUUCUUUACCUUUACCAUGAGAAAGGAGAACAGCGUGUAGCCCACACCACUGUGGCUUUGAAGGGAUGCGAGGUUGUCCCAGGCCUCGGGCCUAAACACCCCUUCACCCUGAGGAUACUGAAAGGAGGUGCAGAGCUGGCAGCUUUGGAGGCGAGUUGUUCGGAGGACAUGGGCCGCUGGCUGGGAGUCUUGUUGGCAGAAACUGGUUCCUCUGCUGACCCCGAGUCCCUACAUUAUGAUUAUGUAGAUGUGGAAACUAUUGCCAACAUCCGUACAGCUGCCCGUCACUCUUUCCUAUGGGCAACCUCCACAGAUUUUAGAAUGUAUGAUGAGGUCCCUUUCGAAGCCAUAGAGCAGGAAAAUGAGGGGUUGAUGGGAGAAGCACAAACAAAACGUCGUUCUUCUUUCUCCAGCAAUGAAACAGGAAAGCCCAGUCCACAAAUCACUCUAAAACGCCACGGCUCCAACGCAAAUCAGUACGGGAGGUAUGGGAAAACACGGGCACAGGAGGAUGCACGCCGAUACUUGAAAGAAAAAGAAGACCUGGAAAAAGAAAUAGAUAGUAUCAGAGGUGCCCUAGUCUCUCUGCGAAAAAAGAAACGAGAGGCAAAAGAUAAGAUGAAUGGUGCACCUGAUAAGCAGAAGUUGGCUUUAGAGGAGCGUGUAGCUCAGUUAGAGGACAGCUGUCGGGUGAAAGAGGGAGAGCGUGUGGACCUAGAGCUCAAACUCACGCAGGUGAAGGAGAACCUAAAGAAAUCUUUGGCUGGUGGAGAACUGGGGGCACCUACCGAGUACAUACAAACUACAAACAAGACUCAGUAUAUGGAGUCAUUUCUCUCUGUUAACUGCACCUCUGAAAUGCGUAAGCAUCCCCCCUCCAUCUAUGCAUCCACGAAGGGAAACGUUAUGCAGAAAGCCAAGGAAUGGGAAUCUAAGAAGGGGACUUAAACUGCUGAUCAGGAAUGUCAAGGUUAAGAUGAGGACUUUUCAGCCACCUUUCUCAAACACAGACUGCUGUAAAUGCAUAUAUAUUGACUACGAUGACUGCCACUUUUGUAACUUUAUAAUGGGGUUAGAAUGACAAAGCAGCCGCGGUCAAAUGAUGAGGUUCUCUUCAAGUCUUGUGAAGUUCCAUGUUACAGGCACAAAUAUUGAAGGAUUGAUAUGGUAUGAGGAAAUAAUAGUUUGUCCUAUGAAAGUGCACAAAAGAGUUGUGGGUAGGUUGUAAAGAAAGAUGGGAAUGAAUGGGGGACAAUUCACUUUAAAAUAGUAUGUUAGGAGAGGCAUGGUGACAGAUUUGUACAAAGUGUUUUUACACUCCAUUGCUUAUACAGAACUUCUGGGGUAACUCCUGCUCUUAAAGGGUUACUUCUCCCCAAAAUGACUUUUUUUUUUUUUUUUUCAUUAAUCACUUACCCCCUCUUCACUUAUAUGUGAAGAAAACAAAAAUAAUUUAUUCAAUAAUUUGUCUCCUGUGUCUCUCCGCAUUGGCGUAGCACUAUUUAGGAGAAUAUCCUCUAACUGUACGCUGUUCUGUGUCAGCAGCACCUCACGGAUAUGCGGUUUUUAUUUCAAAUCAAAGCAUAAAUAAAUGUAGAAACCGUAACCGCAUACAGUUUGUGUUCUAAAUUACUUUCCAAAAUGGCCCUUAGAUAGCGCUGAGGACACAUAUUGUUGAAUAAAGUUAUUUUUAUUUUCUUUGCAUACAAAAAGUAUUAUCUGCACUUCAUAAGAUUCAGAUUGAACCAGUGUCAGCAGAUGGACUAUUCUGACGAUGUCUUUGAUCUUUGAUUUCUGGGUCUUGGCAGUGUUAUUUACUUUGCAGUCUAUGGGACAGUCACAAAACUCCCAGUUUUCAUCCAAAAUAUCUUAAAUUGUGUUCUGAAGACGAACAAAGCUUUUAUGGGUUAUGAACGAGAUGGGGUAAGUGAUUAAUGACAAAAUUGUCAUUUUGGGGUGGAGUAUCCCUUUAAUCAUGUGGUGCUAAUAACGGUGUACAUACAAUGAUUGUAAAUAAUUUUAACAUUACUUUUAAAUCUAGCCUCUGUGUAUUUAACUGAUACUUCGGUUUAUAACCUUUAGAUUUUCCACCUUUUAAUGUGAGUAACAUUUGCACUUUAAAUGUCUUUAGACAUGGAGAUGGGAAUAUUCUUUUAAUAAAUAAA